CGUUAACAGAUGAUUAACUACGGGUACUCCGUACACACACCUUUUCCUCCUGUCCGCACUUCAAACCUGGUAUCCCACCAAUUGACCCGACCAAUUUGGUAAUUUUGACCAUUGGCAGCUUUGCACGGCAUUGCGGAUUGCCUAUCGCACAUGCACUGCCAAUAAUAUUUCGGUAGGGCUGGGCGUCAAGCGUCGACUGUCGAGGGGGUCCGAUUCCUCCAAUUGUGUCGCGCCUUGUCCGUCGGCAAUGGCGACUUUAACAGCUUCACGGCAACGCCCGGCAGAGUCCUUCCGCAUACACGAAGAUGCACCAUCCACCGAAGACACCCAGAUGAACGAGAAUGAAUUGCAGGAGCAGGAAGAGGGCGACGAAAGAGACAAGGAAAAAGGCGACCCGGAAGCUGUUGACAACCCGGAGUCGGAAUACUCGGAAAGCUCAGAUGAUGAGACCGAAGAAAGCAGCAUCCAGCGGGACAUGGAGAAACUGCAGGACACAUUUCCCGGUUUCAGGCAAAAGUACCGACUGAUCAAGCGGAUUGGUGAAGGCACCUUUUCCACCGUCUACAAGGCAAUCGACUUGGAUUACUGGGACUAUGACAACUCGUGGGACCCAGAGAAGGACGAUACCUUUGUGCCACCUCGUCCGGUUGGAAAAUACAAGACCAUGCAGUGUGUUAUGGACCGUUUGUGGUUUGACGAAGAAGUGAAGAGAAAGACGAGAAAAUAUGUCGCCGUCAAGAAGAUCUACGUCACGUCCUCGCCGACCCGGAUCCUCAACGAGCUAGAACUGCUGCACGACCUGCGCGGUUGUGAAGCUGUCUGCCCGUUGAUCACGGCUUUUCGCUCGACGGACCAGGUGUGCGCCAUCCUGCCCUAUUUCCGGCACGCCGACUUCCGCGAUUACUUCCGCAAGAUGACGGUCCCAGACAUGGCCAUCUAUCUGCGGUCUCUCUUCACGGCCCUCGCAAGCGUGCACUCUCACGGGAUCCUCCACCGCGACAUCAAGCCAACCAACUUUCUCUACGACCCGGAUUCGCGGCGGGGCGUCCUGGUGGACUUUGGUCUGGCCGAGCGCGAGGGUUACGAUUGCAAGCCCUGCAUCUGCCACGACGACCCGGUGCAGCGCAAGGCCAAGCUGCGCGCGGCCCAUCUCGCGAGCUCCGCGCCCCACAACGGCUAUCCGAGGGAAGACACGCGGCCGUCGCGGCGGGCCAACCGCGCCGGCACACGCGGCUUCCGCGCGCCCGAGGUGCUGUUCAAGUGCACGGAGCAGACGACCAAGAUUGACAUAUGGAGCGCCGGGGUGAUCCUGCUGACGAUUAUGUCACGGCGGUUCCCCUUCUUCAACUCGGCGGACGACGUCGAGGCGCUGAUCGAGAUUGCGACCAUAUUUGGUCAGAAGCGGAUGCGUGCGGCCGCGCUGCUCCAUGGUUGCAUGUUCGAGACCACCAUCCCCACCAUUGGAAGUUCAGGGUUCAGUCUCGAGAGCAUCAUCUUGUGGAGCACACAACGUGAUGGGCCGGGAAAAGGUCUGUCGGACGAGGAGAAGCUGGCUGUGGAGUUCCUGGGCAAGUGCAUGGAGUUGGAUCCAAGCAAGCGCCUCAGCGCCGAAGACGCGCUGUCCCAUGAAUUCCUCCGCAUGGGCCUUGAUGAGCCGGUGGAGGGAGGGUCCGGGGAGGAUGACGAUGAGAUGGACAUUCUGAAAGUUUGAGGCGAGCAGCAUUUGCGAAGUUGGGUGUCUGUCAUGAGUGUAUCAUACAUUUGCCAUGAGAGGUUCGAUGGGUGGGCGUUUCGUGCGGGUGUUUCGUGUGGGUUCAAGCAUUGUUGAUAUCCAAGUAUGUACAGUACUACCUGAUCGUAUGUGGCCAUCACCCGCUUUUUGACGUGUUCAGUGUUGACCGGUGCUGGCACGAUGGGCACGUCAGGAGGCCAGCAGGGCCUCGAACUCAUCUAGGACUUAGGACUCCGAGUAGCUGCUGGCCUACGGGUAGCUCACUACUACAUCCGGGUACUGGCCCAGUUCUGGCCCAGUUCUGGCCGUCUCUGAAGUUAAGGAG